UAUUAUGCCAUGCACAACCGAGCUCUCUGAUCUUCGAUAAACCCUCGCGAAACCCUCAAACCCUUCUUCUUCUUCUUCUUCUUCUUCGCAGAGGAGCACGAUGCUGAGCCACUGCUCCAAGCCCCAUCGUCUCCUCAUCCUCUCCUCUCUCCUCCGUUCCCAAUCCAAUCGCUUCUCAUCGCUUGCCGUCAAUCCCUCUCCAGACCCCUCCAAUGGCGACGCUUCUCACCUCCAACCUCCCUCCCAGGAAUCCGUCCUCUAUGUCCUCAAGAAGCUCGAUAAAAAGCCCCACAAGGCCCUCGAAUUCCUCUCCUGCAUCUCUGAGAAGCACAGCUUCGACCCCAACGCCGCCACGCGCAACCUCAUGCUCCGAAUCCUCGGCCGCAAGGAUCACCUCAAGGAUUUCUGGGUUUUCCUCAGAUCCAUGACCUCCGAUGGUUACUCCAUCGAUCAAGGUACGUACCUCACUCUCCUUGCUAGUUUCAAGCAGCAGAAGCUCCCUGCCGAGUGCUCCGCUCUUGCGAAGUUCUACAAAGAUGCUGGUUUGAAAACCGAGUUGCAGAACUCUGUUGACGGCGUUGUUAAAGCCAUUGUUGAUGCUGAUGUUUGGGAUGAUGAGGUUGAGAGAUGUUUAGAGGAUUUGGGGGUGUCUUGGUCGGAGGAUUUGGUGGUGCGAGUGCUCCGUGAGGUGAGGAAUUACCCUAUGAAUGCUCUCAGCUUCUUUAGAUGGGCCAUUGGUCGGCAGGAUUUCAACCAUGGCUCAGCUGCUUACAAUGCUGUUGCUCGAGUUCUCGGGCGAGAGGAAUCCAUAGAGGAGUUCUGGAGCUUGGUUGAUGAGAUGAAGAAGAAAGGGCAUGAUAUGGACAUUGAUACUUAUAUAAAGCUUUCGAGGCAUUUCAAGAAGAGCAAGAUGAUCAAGGAUGCUGUGGAACUCUAUGAGUUCAUGAUGGAUGGGCCUUACAAACCUGCAAUUCAAGAUUGUGGCAUGCUUUUGCGGCAAAUAUCACUUAGUGGGAGUGUGGACCUUGAAUUGGUUUAUCGGGUUGUGAGGAAGUAUGAAGCCGCAGGGUAUUCUUUGUCAAAGGUUGUUUAUGAUGGCAUUCAUCGGUGUCUUACUAGUACCGGGCAGUUUGAUGAAGCUGAUGAGAUUUUGAGGAAAAUGAAGCAAGAGGGAUUCGAGCCGGAUAACAUCACUUACAGCCAGUUGGUGUAUGGACUUUGUAAGGCGAAGAGGUUGGAGGAAGCUUGCAAGGUGUUGGAUGAAAUGGAAGAGUGUGGAUGUGUUCCUGAUGUUAAGACUUGGACAAUCUUGAUUCAAGGGCAUUGUUCGGCCGGGCAAGUAGAGAAGGCAUUAGAGUGUAUGACAAAGAUGAUAGCGAAGGGUUGUAAUGCCGAUGCGGAUCUUGUGGAAGUUAUGGUAAAAGGUUUGUGUGGUGAGAAUAAAGAGGAUGGUGCCUACACUUUGAUUGUUGAAAUGGUGGAGAGGACCCGAGUUAGGCCUUGGCAAGCUACAUACAAGUAUUUGAUUCGAGAGUUAUUGAACAAACGGAAGCUUGAAGAGGGAUUGGAGAUUCUAAGAAUGAUGAAGAGCCAUAAUUUUCCACCAUUUGCCGAUCCUUUUCCGUCAUACAUAUCCCAGUUUGGAACAGUUGGUGAUGCUGAAGAAUUUCUAAAAGCAUUGACAGUGAACAACUUCCCAUCAUCCGCGGCAUAUUUAAAUGUCUUCAAGUCAUUCUUUAAAGAAGGCCUUGACUUCUGGCUAUCAAAUAUAUGUAUUCAACACAAUGCGUGGGCGGGCUUUCUUCAUAUGCUGCUUUUUUGGGCACUUGAAAAUAAGACCUCAAAUCUGCUUGACAGGAACAUAAUACACCAUUUGUUUUUCAACCAAAUUUGAUGAAGAAAUCUAGUGAUGUGGUUUACUUCUUGUUUGUAAGACUGGAUUUUACUUGCUUGCAAGACUUUAAGAGGGGAUUAAGGACUGUGAUUUAGUGUUUGAGUUCUAGUAGUAAUAUAACUUUGAAAGUUUGCUAGUGUGUUAUUAAUGUAACUCCGUUUGAUGGUUAUCUGUAUUUGAUGUGUUUUGCUGACAAACAUUUAAAUGAGUAUCUGAUUCAUGUGAUAAAUCUUAAUCAAGUUAAUAAACCUAUG